CUUCAAGCAUUUAACUUUUAUUAUUUUACUAUUUACUUCCUACCUUUUUAACAACUCAAAAUUAAAAACCUUUUUCAUUACGUAAUCAAUUUGUCACAAUAUUUCAUCUUGAAAAUUUCAUUUGGAAGCAAUUUCCGCAACAAAACUCCGCAAUCAUGAAGGCCACAAAGAAUGAUGGAUUUGAAAAUGCAAAGAAUAAAUGUCUUCGUGUUAUAUUAGAUUCAGCUAAGAAGCGUCUCAAUGGCUUAAUUAAUGACUGGAUCACAUUAUAUGGCUUUGAUAGAAUGUGGGUACUGGAGAGACAAUUAGAAGCUACACAUGAACAUUUCUUUAAUGAAGUUAUAACAGAAAAUAGUCAAAUAAUGGACAAAAUGAAGAAUAUGAACAAAGAAUUGCUAGAAAAGAAACAGGAUGGUGAAAGAAAGCUUAACGAAGGCAUCAAAAAUCUACCAAACGAAAAUUUGUCCUUGUAUGACUUUCACAAAAAAUUAAAAAUCAUCGUUGAUGAGAAUGAAAUGAAAAUAAAAGUUCGUCAAGAAGAAUUUGAACGUAUUUUAAAGGAAGAAAGCUUAGUAUGUGAUGAAUUGGACAUUUCAACGACACUUAAACAAUUUGCUGAAGAACUUCCAUCCGAAUCACAGCUCAAGGGACAUAAAGAGUACAUAACUACACUUGAAGAUAUGAAAUAUAACCAUUUGGAGCUUGUCUGCGAAUAUCAACAAAAUAUCGAUGACUUAAUAUUGAAAUUGGGACUCGAUGCAGAAGCUUAUUUAAAAUUUCUGAAAAAUGACAUCAAACCUUCUGAGAAGAAUAUUAACAGUCUUAAAAGCAUCAAUUUUGGUCUGGAACAGAAAUACUCGACAAUGACUUCGAAAUGCAAAACAUUGAAAAAGAAAUUAAGAGAAAUUUGGAGAUACUUAGAAAUUUCUGACAGUCCGCACGAAAAGCUUUUUCAUAUUCCGCCUGAAGUUUGCUUCCAAUUCUCGUCCCUUGUCAUCACAUCACGUUUCGUAGAUAGCGCAAUGAAAAGCUUUACAAUGUCAUUGCUCAACAAUGUGUAA